GCCCUGAAAGGUGUCUAGUCACGGACGAGGGGCAUCCAUAUGUCACAGACUGGUGGAGCCGCUCGGUAGUUUGGGAUCCGAUCCCUCCUACCCCGUAGUCCCCUAACGCGCUUGAGCGAGUCUCCUGGCGUAAUAAAACCGCACGGUGGUCCUCGCGCGUCCACUGUUGGAAGACACCACUGUGUCGACACGGUUCAGGACACAGGUGACUUGCGGGGUGCCCCUCUGCACACCCCUCCCUCUGUCAGCGUCUCUGCUCUGCUCCCGGUAGAGGAGAGCGGCGCCACGACCUUUUCCAGGUCCCUUUUACAGAAAUGGAGAUGCCGGGACCACGUGGCCCGCUCUCUCCCGAUUUCUUUCUCUGCCCAAGGACACGCGGCACCAAAUGCCAAGCGGAAAAACAGUGUUGCGUGGCACGGGUGCAGCGGCCGGGUUUGCAUUUCUGCGGCAGCGGUUCGGAUCCCAAGGCCGAAGGACGAACCCAGACCGGCGCCGAGGGCCCGCGGGACUGAGGCUCGGGCUUCGUGCGCCUGCGCGAGCCCGCCGCAGGCCGCCGACCGAGGCCCGAGGUGGGGGAGGUGCCUGCGGCGCCGUGCGCGUGCGCGGGCCUGCCGCAGGGCUGGAGGGGCGCGAGGCCGGGGGCGGAUGGGCGGCGCUCGCACGCGCAGGCGUUAGGCUGCCCGCGCCCCCCGCCCGCCCUCCGGGCCCCGGUUGGCCGCCGCCGCCGCGCCCCGCCCCCUCCCUCGCAAGACGCCCGGACGGAACCGAUCGCGGCUGGUUUGAGCUGGUGCGUCUCCAUGACGACACGCGCGGCGCUAUAAGUAGCGGAGCAGCGGCGCGUCGGGCUUUGUCAGUCCCCUCUGCCUCCGCCGCCGCCUCCCCUCUCCCGGUGCCACCUCGGGCCGGCAGUCCUCCGCGGGAGGGAGCGAGGCGGCGGGCCGGCGGCCGGGCGGGCGCUGACGGGGCGGUCGGCGGUCCUGUGCGCUCGGCGGCGUCUCCAUGGGGUCGGCCUGAGGCUCCUCUGCGCUGCCAGGACAGUGCUGCUGCCGCUGCCACUGCGGCCAGAGAAGGCCCGUCCUCCGCGGGGCUGCUUUUGUGA